UCGAUCAUUGAAUUUUCGGAGUUAUGAAUCAUGCGACUUGCCGUACUACGUAGUAGGUGGGAUUUAUUUUGUAGUUCAAUGGCAAGUAAACAACAUGCCGGAUGAGCGACCAGCCAUUCCGAAUGAACCUAAUGUUAAAGCAAAUAAUAACCUAAUAGCUAUAGUAUCGAAGUUUGCUGACGAUCACUUGGCACUUUUGCGGAAUGUCAGCACUGGACUAGCAAUCGUGGGCAUUGUCAUUUUAGGAAGGAGCGUCAAAUUGAUCACAAAGUUCAAUGCUGCUUCAGAAAUUCCCUCAAGGUUCAUUGAACGAAACGUUAGUCUUCGAGGGAGAGUGUGCAACAUCUCUGACAAGGGUCUGGAAGUGGAGCACAUCCCAAUUUAUGUCCCUGCCCUUUCACCCCUGCUGGUGAAAUGUCAGACAAGCACUCCCCUACAGGUGCGUCUGGCCGGAGUGGAGCUGACCCCGGAGGGCUGGGACUGGCUCAGACGACAGCUGAAACCUGCGGAGACGGUGUGGCUGAAGCUGAUUCGGCAAGAGGGUGAGACCCUGGACUGCUUUGUUUCAACAGGCCGGGGCUCGUUCCUCAGCACCUGUUUGAAUGAGGAGAUCUUGCGACAGGGCCUGGCCCGGUCCACACCGAUUCUGGGUUUGGGCCACCACUCACGGGUGUACUGGAGACUCCACAAGAGACUGCUGAAGGCAGAGCUUCAUGCUGAGAGAAAGGGCCAAGGGCUGUGGAGAGAGAGCAGCCUCUGGGAGAGAGUCUCAAUAGCCUUUAGGGAGAACAUUGUGGUCAAGAGCAUGAAACGGUUUCUUUCGUUUACCUCCAGGACCAAAGAACAGUGAGCUCACACUGAUAAUGGGACUGAAAAUGAUGAGUGUAAUAUAUUGCUUAAAGUACAUUAUUUGUGAAUUCUAUUGGCCAACUAGCACUUUAUAUAACUGACUUUGGUAAAAUGUUAUAGUUCUUCACCUUCUUGAUAUGAACACAGUUGGAACAGUGUGACUAACUAAAAACUACGGUGGGGUGAGGGAGAUCUUUUUUGGUAAUGUAUAUGGCACGUGUGAAAAGAAUGUAAAUAAAAAAGCAUGAAUACUCA